AUGGGGCUGUGUUUUCCCUGUCCCACCGAGGCCGCGCCUCCCUCGCCGGACCUGGAAGAAAAAAGAGCAAAGCUUGCAGAGGCUGCAGAGAGGAGACAGAAGGAGGCUGCAUCUCGGGGUAUUCUGAAUGUUCAGUCUGUGGAAGAAAAGAGAAAGAAAAAGGAAAAACUAGAAAAAGAAAUGGCUACAUCUGGACCCCCACCGGAAGGUGGACUUAGGUGGACAGUUUCAUAA